AUGCUGAAUGGAAUGUACCCCGAGAAACAUUUUUAUCGAUUUCGGUCGGGCGGCAGGACAAAUAUUUAUGGUCUGUCAGUAGUUUCAAUCCCAAUUUCAUCCUCGUCAUCCGAUGCAAAUUCCGCCGACUAUGCAAAUGAUGAAUACACACAAUUGUUUCCAAAGACAAAGAAUCUUGUCUUUGUCAGCGCAUUUCAAAGUGUCGUUUGCUUAAUCAAUGCAAGUAAUCAUUGGAAAGUGGUCGAGUUACCAAUUGGUGAAGACGGCGAGAUAGUUUCAUUAACUGCAUUCACGACGAAUCAGACAAAUUUAUUCCUUGUAUUAACAGUUGUCAAUCCUAAAAUGAAAAUAGAAGUAGAUGACGAAGUUAUCCAUGACUUUGCUCUUCGAAUAUAUUCUUGUCAAGACAUUCUAUCCGAUGAUGGGCUGGUCCGCCUAAUGCGUAACGUUCAAGUAAUCAAAAUAGAUUUCACUCCAACACAAGUCAUUUACACAACAUUUGAGAAACGCGGUCAGCCGCUUGAUUGUAUAAUUGUUUGCGGAUUCGACGGGACUAUUCAUUUGUACACUGAAACGUCCAGAGGCAAAUGGGAUGAAGAACGAGAGCAAGUCUAUUUUCCAUUAUUACGUGAAUUGGCUAUUGACAGAACUAGCAUUACAGCACUUGAAAUACGUGAUAUUAAUAACAAGAUAAUCAUAGCAGCUGGAUGUAACAAUGGAUUAUUACAUUUGGCCAUCAUGGAGAGAGAUGCAUCGACCGGAUUGAUUACAACCAGAGUCGAUUUGAAUGCAUCAUCAAUCGACCUAUCCAGUCUGAUAUCUUCUAUGGUUGUAUUCCAGUCAUCCUCAAGUAAAGGGGAUAUUCAUCUUGUGGUCACGUGUGCAAUUGAACGAGCAAUAAUUUUCAGGUCUAUUGAUAAGAAGGGUUUGUCUUCUCCAUUCUAUCUACCAGAAUCCACGCAGUACGAUAGCGUGCUAUGCGCACACGUUGCUGAUGUGGAUUGGGAUGCAAAGAAGGAAGUGUUGAUCGGAACUUAUGGCAGACAGCUGUUAAUAUACAAAGAAUCGGUGAAUGAAGAUAAUGAAUUGGAAUACUAUUUAGCGUCGAAACACAGUUAUCCACAUCCAAUAUAUGGAAUUCAAACGGUCGACCUGAAAGAGGACUAUAUGUGCGAACUUAUCGUGAACACACAAUAUGGAAUACAUGUAGAAGAGCCCAACGGUGAAGUAUUCAAUGCAAGGCUUAUAGAACUAGCACGUGAGUUCAACACGACGACCGAGCCAACAGAGCCACCAGAUCCAACAGAGUCAAUAGACGCAGAUCCAGCAGAGUCGAUAGCAUCAGCAGAUCCAGCGGAACCACCAGAGCCAACAGAGUCAACAGAGCUACCAUCGCCAACAGAUCCAACAGAUCCAACAGAAUCUAUUAGACUGCAGGAUGAUAACGAAGUUAGUAUUGAACAAGAAUCGUGA